AUGGUGGAUCGUUUCACCAGGUGGCCAGAAGCGGUGCCCAUCAUCGACAUGCGUGCCGAGACCGUUGCCCGCGCUCUUCUCGCCGCCUGGAUCUGCCGAUACGGGACCCCUGACCAAAUCGUCACCGACCGCGGGGCUCAAUUCGAGUCUUCCCUCUUCCAUGAGCUCUGCAGUCUUCUUGGCACGACGCGCACACGCACUACUGCCUACCAUCCUUGUGCCAAUGGUCUGGUAGAACGUUUUCACCGGCAGAUGAAAAGCUGCUUCCGUGCCCUUCGCCAUCCCGAAAAGUGGGCCAGCGCUCUCCCACUCAUUUUGCUCCACGUACGAGCAUGCCUCAAGCCGGACCUGGGCUGCUCUGCCGCCGAGCUCGUUUUCGGCACGCCCCUACGCCUUCCGGCCGACCUCGUCACCCAGCAACCUCCCGCCUCUUCUGAAACCCAGCCGCAAGCCACAAGCCACCCUGAGUACGUCUCGCUCCUCCGUGACGUCUUCAAGACCCUUAGGCCUGCUUCCCCAUGGUUCCCUUCUGGCCGGAACUCUUACGUUCCAGCCGCUCUCGCCGAGGCCACACACGUUUUUCUCCGGGCUCCAGCACCUCGCAAGUCCCUAGACCCCCCCUACACAGGACCCUACCGUGUCAUCUCCCGGUCCGACAAGACCAUGGUACUUGACCUAGGCGGCCGCCAGGACACAGUUUCGGUCGACCGCGUCAAGCCGGCCUUCGUGGAGAACGAAGACUUCCCUCUUGCCCUCCAGACCGUCGACAUUUCGCCGCCUUCCCCUAAGCCCAAGCGCGUUUCCUGGGGACCAGCUCCAGCGAUGCGCCUCCGUCGCAUCUGA